UCUCUGCUCUCACCUUCUCUCACCUUCUCUUGCCUGCCCUCCCAGGGCCCCUCCACACCACACCCAUGGCCUGCUACGACCUCUGCCGCCCCUGCGGACCCACCCCGCUGGCCAACAGCUGCAACGAGCCCUGUGUCAGGCAGUGCCAGGACUCCACCGUCCUCAUCCAGCCCUCCCCCGUCCGCGUCACCUUCAUAGGGCCCAUCAUGACCUCCUUCCCCCAGAGUACCUUCGUCGGAUCCACCGCAGGGGCUGCCCUGGGCACGGAGCUCAACGUCCAGGGACAGCCCAUCUCCGGCGGCUUUGGCUACGGCCUGGGCUAUGGCCGUGGCUUUGGCUACGGCCUGGGAGGCCUGGGCUGCUACGCCAACAGGGGCUGCUCUGGCAUCUGCUGAGGCCCCAAACAACUGCCCCAACAACAACCACCCAGGAUCUGGGAGUCACGAAAUGGAACAUGGAUUCAUCUCCGUGCCCAGGCUCUCCAAAGGGCUCAGCACUUCCAGCUCCUGUUCUCAGGGCUCCAAGCAAGAAAGCAGCCA